GUGGCAGCCACCAAUUUAAUGCCAACUCGAACAAGCGAGUUUCAACAUCACGCCUCGAAAUGCUGGGUGGGGUCGAGCUCUAAAGAAAGACACCUCUUGUCAUAUCCUACGAUUCUGAUUAUAGCAUCAAUCAAAAAGAUCGGAUCGUCUGUGGUAGAGUACUUGAUCCGUGGAGCCGCAAUGAGAUCAUCUCACAUGUUGCGAAUCUUCAGACAGGUCCCAAGCAAGGCGUUUAUCCGAUGCCGUUGUGUGGCUCGUGAAGGCCGGGGUGCGGAUUCCGAACACACUUGUAACAUCAACGAUACUCGCCUUCAAACACCAAACACGCAUAUGACGAAAGCCGCGCUCGACAGCAAACGCCCGCACGGCCCCGGAAACACUGGAGAUCGCCCGUUCUGGCCUGAUAAAUUCCACAUGGACUAUGCUUCAAGCCCAUGCAUGAUUAGAAACUGAUUUUUGUCUCCAAGUUUUACCAUCCUAAUCAUCGCUAUGCGGAUGACUAGAGCAGAUCCUGCAGCUGCACGCAUCUAUAUAGCUUCGUCUUCUCCCCGAUUCAUGAUCCUUUCUCUUGUUCUUGCCUCCACAACCUGUCGACUACUCUCCUUAGCAGCCUCAUUUCGUACUCUCUUUAUUGCCCAACUGGCUUGGCUGCUUACGUUCUUUACAUUUAAUAUUUUAUCGGUGUGCUUUAUUUAUUUACAACCCACCAUCCUCAGAUAUAACUUCCUGCGAAGUCCCAUCUUCAAAACCACAAUUUACAUUCUUCAACAGCUCGGCCUGCUCCAUUUUAUAACUUUCGAUUCUUCAUCUCCCCGUUUUCUGGGAAACCCCUCUAUCUACUUAUCUUCAUAUCACUGUCGUCUACACCACCGAGUAUAACUAUCAAACAACCCACAUGAUCAACGGCCAUUAUGUCUCCAACUCUGAUGAACACCUCGGUGCACAUGGCAUCCAGCCUACGCACGACACCUCCCUCCUACUUUCUCGACCGUCGUGAAUAUGGCGUAACCAAGAACCGCACGAAACCCGCCUCCACCGGCGGCGGCCGCGCAUGGAGCGAAGAAGAAGAAGUCUACCUCCUCCAAACACGCCUCCAAAAGAUGCCUUAUAAGCACAUCGCCGCGCACCUCAAGAAGACCGAGCUCGCCUGCCGCCUGCACUACCACCAGCUCUCGCACGGCUCUAACCGCCGCAAGCGCACAACCUCCAUGUCCUCCGCGGCCUCGACAGCCUGCCUCACCCCACCACCCCCAACAAUCCCCUCCCCGAUCCGCGAACUCCCCAUCUCGCCCCCAUCAUACUCUACAUCCCCGACUCCAACGACGCCCCUCAUCACCCUUCCCCGCCUCCCGCCCGUCGUCAUCCUCCCCAAACCCUCCCCAGUCACCACCACGUCACUCACCCAGCACGCACCCCCACCUCGGGCCGCACUCCGUCUGAACUGCUCCGUCGCCGCCUCCGCUCUGACUCCGAGUGACAUCGACAAAGAACGCCUGCGCCGCAUCUACGACAUCCACCGCGCGGCCUUCUGGUACGCCAUCGCGGCAGAGUACGGCGCCCAGGCGCCGCCCGCACUACUGGAGGAAGUGUGGCGCAGGGGCGGGUGGUGCGCGCCGCCUACACCAUGUGGUAGCCCUGAGGGGGACGUCCGCGAUACGACAGAGAAGAGGGGGUCUAGCAUUAGUGAUUUGUUGGGGAUUGAUGCGAGUCCCAGAAGUCCGAGGGAGAGGGAGCUGAUUAAGCGGUUGGAGGAGGAGGGGAGGCUGAAGAUGGUCUAGUGGAUGGAUUCUGGUCUUGUGGGGACGGGGAGGAAGGCGUUGGUGUUUGUGGUGUUUGUGCGGUGUUGUUUUCUUCUUCACGUUUUCUGGGUCUGGAAUGGGGUUGGAGUUGGUGGUAGGGAUGACGUUCAACGAAGGUAAUGACUACGGGGGAUUCAAGGAUUUAUUCUCUUCUAUCUGAUCACAAGGCUUUUGGUGGGUGGUUUGGUGCGCUGUUACCGG